GUGGCGUGCGAGCGUGUUGCUGUGCCGGAAAAUGCGCGCGUAAAUCGCUAAGAGUGUGUGUGAGAAAAUUGUGGCCGCAACGGGAAAAUUGGCUGAGCAAAUAAACAAAUGCGGUGCGUGCCAUGUGCUUGUGUUUGUGGAGUGCGUGAAUGAAGUGCCACGGAGUAGCAGCGGAAAUCGUUUGCUGGCCCAUCGACUGGUCAGCCAGUGCGGGUGCGCUGUGCUGUUGCGGUCGUGGAUGAUGUGGCUGGCGCUGUCGGUGCCAGGAGCGCAGUUGCCGGGCCAUAAUUGUCGGUUGAAUGACUCUCGAUGCGAUAGCAAUAAUAACAAGCAAAUCGUCAGCAACGGCAAUCAUAAUAUUCAUCAAUGUCACACCUGACGGCGGAGCAUAAGCAGCAUCGAAAUACAAAUACAAAACCCCAAAUUGCCGACAGCACCACCGCACAGUUUUUGGACAUUGCGAAAUGUUAGCAGGAGCCGCGACACAAACAAUCGACACAACACAACGACGAGCGUCGACGACAUCUGGUAAAAUUACAAGAAAGGAAGCUGCAGGCAUCCGGAUCAGCAGCAGCAGCUGGGAAAGAUGGUUUUAAGCACCGAAUGGUCACAGGUGGAGGUUAUCGAUCUGAUCAACGAUGGCAACGGUCUCGGCUUCAUCCUUGUGGGCGGGCGCAGCACUGGGGUGGUGAUCAAGGCCCUGACGCCGGGGGGUGUGGCCGAGCGAGAUGGACGUCUACAAUUGGGCGAUCACCUGCUGCAAAUCGGCGAGGUCAAUCUGCGGGGCUUCAGCUCGGAGCAGGUCGCCACAGUUCUUCGUCAGACCGGAGCUCAGGUGCGUCUGAUUGUGGCGCGGCCGGUGGAGCCGACGGCCAUCGAUUACCAAACGCUGGCCUGUCAGGCGCCGAUUAUACCAACUAAGCUCCUCUCCGACCCGGAAGAACUGUCGCGUCAUCUCUUCCAGAAUCCGAGCUUUGCCACCGCCGCUGCGGCAGCAGCAGCAGCCGCCGCAGCAGCAGCAGCAUCUAGCGGUGGUGAUGGCAGCGGCGGAGGCGGCGUCUGUGUCGGUGGCAUGGACGUGGCCAGUUUGGUGGGUCUGGUGCGCGGCGGUCCCGUCGAGGGUUCCGAGAUGUCCGCCAUGGAAGCGCCUGCGGCACAGCUGCAGCUCACGGAACUCGGCGAUUUGGCCGACUUCCCACUGCCACCGAUUCCGGGCGGCAAUCCUAACGGUGCGGAAUCCAAUACUGGCCAGCGACCGUGCCCGCGACUGGAUCUGGAUAUAGUGCCCUUCUCGAUACUAUCGCCGCCGCCACGCCCCGCCCUGCAGAUGCUGCCCCUGGAGACCCAAUGGCGGUCCGUUCAGGAACAGCAUCAGCACAUAGAGACUGUGAUAGCCGGCAGCAAACGCAAGCUGUUGGCCAAUGAAGAUGGCGGUUGCGGCUCCGGCUCGGGUUCGGGAUCGGGCUCCGGUUCCGGCUCACCCGACUCCUACAUGGACUCACCGGAAACGGAAACCUAUGUGGUGGAGCUGCACAAGAACGUCUAUGGCCUGGGCAUAACCGUAGCCGGUUACGUUUGCGAGGAGGAGGAUCUCUCUGGGAUAUUCGUGAAGAGCAUCAUCGAGGGUAGUGCGGCGGAGACGAGCGGUCAGAUUCAGAUCAACGACCGCAUUGUGGCCGUAGAUGGAAGGUCCCUGUCGGGGGUGACCAACCACCAGGCGGUGGAGCUGCUCCGGAACACAGACAUCGAGGUUCACCUGACAUUGGAGCGGUUUCUGCGGGGCAGAAAGUUCGAACAUCUGCAAGUGGCUCUCACGGAGAUCAAAGGCAGUGCUGGACCAUCCGGUUUGGACAGGAAUCAGGAGAAGGACCAGGACCAGGAGUCACAGCUCUCCAUGCCGGGGUCACCCUCGAUAGCCACGCUCAGCUGGCUGCCACCCAAGUCACUGGAUGCCGAUUCCAUAGCCACUGAAGGCGACGAGGCCGAGGCGGAGGAUGUGGGCGUUUCGGGAGCAGGCGAGGAAUUCGUGGAACUUCCCUCGCGGGACACCGUGGAGUCGAACAUGUCGCACGUGCUGGACCGCAGCGAUCACAGUGGCGGGGUGACAAAACUGGCCACGUCCAGUCCGGUGGCGCCGUUAAGCAAUGGCAGGAGCCCGAACCUGGCCGAUGACAGUGGCAACGACACCGAUGAGCAGUGUCCAGAGCCGGAAACCGAGACGCAAACGCAGACGGAGACUGGAACGGGAAAGGGUGUGGCAAAGGCCAGAAAGGGGUCCAGAGCCGAGUCGAGUAAGGUUAAGGAACCCGAUGAUCCCGGCGCAGAUCCCGAUCUCGAUCCCGAUCCCGGCCAGAUGACCACGCCCACGAACGAGGCACCUGCCAAGGUGGCCAGCCCGACCGCCGCCUCCCUGCGCGUGGCCUGGAAAAGUGAGUUUCCCGACAGUGAAAUUUUAGUUGCCGAAAUAAAUAAACUUUCAGGUCUAGGGAUCAGCCUCGAAGGCACCGUGGAUGUGGAGUGCGGCAUUGAGAAGCGUCCGCAUCACUAUAUACGCUCCAUACUCGCCGACGGCCCAGUUGGCCGCCAGGGCAUCCUGCGGCCGGGCGAUGAGCUCCUGCAGGUGAACGAGCAUAAGCUCCAGGGCCUGCGCCACAUCGAUGUGGUGAAAAUCCUCAAAGAGCUGCCGGCCCGCGUUAAGUUGGUGUGUGCCCGGGGCACUCGUGUUCCGUCGGUGAUAAAUACCUCGCAAAACCCGGAGGCCUUCGAGACGCGCAGCCUUCUGCCCGGUGGUCACCAGAGCCUCCAGAAUCUGCUGAGCAAGGCGCAGUCGGAGAGUUCGCUGUACACGUCCAGCACGGCGACUUUGACGGAUGCAGGCGGUGGCGGAGCCGGUGGAUCGGGAGGAAAUGGAGCUGCAGGAGCGCGCUCCAAGUCGCUGGAGAACGUGUCCGGCCUCGCCCUGUGGAGCUGUGAAGUGACCGCCGUGGAUAUUGAGAAGACGGAGCACGGUUUCGGCUUCUCCAUUCUGGAUUACCAGGAUCCCUUAGACUCUGAGGGCAGUGUGAUCGUGAUUCGUGGCCUGAUACGCGGUGGUGCUGCCGAGGCAACCAACGAGAUAUAUCCAGGUGACCGCCUCAUGAGCGUCGGUGAUCGUUUGCUGCAAGGCCUGGAGCUGGACGAGGCGGUGGCCAUAUUGAAGUCCAUGCCGCCGGGACUCACUCGCCUGGGCAUCUGUCGGCCCCUCUCCGCUUCGGAUAGCAAUAGCAAUAGUAAUAUAGCCUCGCCGCUCGGUGACUCGGCCAGUACAUAGUGACAGCCCAUCCCCGACGGCCUACAGGAGUCGGAGAUCAAACCGGAAACGGAAGUGGAAGCUGAACCGAAUGCAGAGCCGGAGGAGGAACAGGAGCUGUUCUCAUUGUAUUUCAUGACCCUAAUAUCAGCAAUGUGAAAGCAUCAACCAAACACCGAAUGGGAAAUUAAAAAAAAAAAGAAAG